CACCGGUCGAGCCCUGCCUGAAUUCGCAGCCCCCACCUGUGGGAUCAUCACCCCCCCACAUUGCGCAGCUGCUUCAUGAUCCCCGCUCACCACAACAGCCCAUGAAUUUCCCUCCUCUGGGCCAGAUGGCACUGUCUUUAACUUUGGUGAUCCCCCACGUAGGAUCCCUCAUCUGCCUCACCACUGCUGUCAAGGACGGGGAUUGAAGCCCCCUCCCAAUGACUGAGACCCUUAAAAUUCUCUUCUGGGGGCGCUGGGCUGACUGGAGCGGGAUGUCUGCCAAGUGCUGCCUGCAGGUAUGUUCGCUGGACCAAGACUGGUUUCCCAUGGCAACCAGUCCUGAAACAAUGGGCCCCGCUCACUGCUGGAACUGGUUUGUCCUGUUUGGAACUGGACUGUCUGGACUUGUUCCCAACUUUUUCUCCGCUGUCCUGUACCUGUUCCCUCGACUAUAGAAGACCCCUGAGUUAACCAAAGACUUAGAGAUUCUCCCCAGUGUGACCAGAUGCAUCUAUUGGCCAGACCACGAGGAUUUCGUCUCUCCAUUGGAUUUCCUAUUCCCAGUCCCUGGGAGGCUGUGAGGAAGAGAAAGAUGCCCUGGGACACUGAGGCAGAGCAGGAGCUGAGCAUGCAGAGCAGGAAGGACAAAUGCCCGCGGCAGAACCUGGUGGAAGAGGCCGUUUUGAGCAGCUCCACGGCACAGGAAGUCAACAGGGAGGAAAAGCCCCGGAGAUGCCACACGAGGAGGGGCUGCAAACGCAGCUGGUGGGGAUCUGAGGGGGAAAGAGCCAGCCUGGGCCGGGAAGGUGGCCGGAGAUGGAGCCAGAGCUCGGAGCUGGUGCUCCAUGAACAGCUCCAUGAUGGGGAGAAGCCCCACAUGUGCGUGGAGUGUGGGAAGAGCUUCAGGAGGAGCUCCUACCUGAUUGUGCACCAGAGGACCCACACUGGGGAGAGGCCCUACGAGUGUGGGGAGUGUGGGAAGAGUUUCAGGCAGAGUUCUGCCCUGAUCAGCCACCAGAGGACCCACACUGGGGAGAAGCCCUAUGAGUGCUCCAAGUGUGGGAAGGGGUUUCCGACCAGCUCCAGUCUCAUCCGGCACUAUCGGAGUCACAGAGAGGAGAGGCCCUUCCAAUGCCCCGACUGUGGGAAGGGAUUCAAGGACAACUCCACCCUCGUCAAGCACCGGCGCAUCCACACUGGGGAGAGGCCCUACGAGUGUGAUAAAUGCAGGAAGAGGUUUCAGAACAGCUCCCAUCUCCUCCGGCACUAUUGGAUUCACACAGAGGAGAGGCCCUUCCAAUGCCCCGAGUGUGGGAAGGGAUUCAAGCGCAACUCCACCCUUGUCACCCACAGGCUCAUCCACACUGGAGAGAGGCCCUACGAGUGUCCCCAGUGUGGGAAGAGCUUCACCAGCAGCUCUGACUUGAACAAACACCUACGGAGCCACCGGUAAGGGAAGCCCUGCGAGUGCCCCGAGUGUGAGAAGAGCUUUGUGUGCUGCUCCAGCUCCAUCCCCCACUGGAGGAGGCACUUUGGGCAGAGCCCUGAUAUCCUGGUUCAGAGCAAAUUUGGGAGAGAGUGCCCAAAGAGGGUCCUCUAGGAAAGGUGAUUCAAUCGGCCUCUCCCCACAAGCGGUCCGGGAGAAAAUACCUCCUUGGAGAGAAUUGGAAAUAAAAACGUUUAUUAAACAAUAAAACCUAAACAAUAUUAAAAAAUAAAACCCCUUGCCCCUCCAAAAGACCUGACAAACUGAGAAAGUCCCCUCCCCGGGUUGCAGCUCAGCUCACUUAGUCUCUGAUCAGUCCCUCUGGUGCUGGAAAUGUCAGAGGCCAGGCCCGGCCCGGUGGGCCAUAGGUGCUGCUGCCGGUGCUCUGCUGGGUGUUCAGUCCAGAGCAGGUUUCAAGAGAUCCAAAGAAAAGGGAAAAAAGAAAAGAAAAAAAAAAACCUCACAGUCCAGGGAACUUCUUUGCCUCAGUAGCUAAAACUAACAUCAAAGGAGAGCUCUGUCCUGCUGUCUGUCCAUCUGCAGACAACACAGUCAGGGGCAGGAAUGUGGAGGAGUGAGAGCAGUGUCUGCAAACAAACUGCGCGCUUCUUCUCUCCCCCUUCACUCUCUGGAACAAGUCCUAAAGAUGCAAAACUUAUUAUUCAGCAGAAACAGAACAAGACGACUGGGGAUAAAAGCAUCAUAUAGUCAACCCAAGACAUUCCACCCCUUAUCCCCAUAUCGCCAGCUUACUACUACAACUAAUAUAAAUUCUAACUCUACAAACACAUACCUGAUACAUCCAUUAUACAGCUAUACACAGACAAUAGUAAUAACAUUCAGCAAACAAUGAUAUUUGCACAUAGGUCUCACCCAACAAUCAGAUUUCCCUAAGAUAGACAUCAUGUUCUUCCAUCUUUUUACAUUAUCCACCAUGUGCAACCUGGUCCCUGAGCAAAAACAACCCCACAAAUGGGUUUGUCUGUACUCGAGGCAGAAUUAAUCCAAACUGUCUUCUCUAACAAAGUUCUGACAUGUACCACUGGGACUUUGUCUCCAUUUACUCUAUGCAAAGGCUCAGACUGGGCAGGGCCCACUCAGUUAGUAGAGCCUGGGGUGUUAACUAACCAGGUGGCUUUUGCCAGAUGCUGCUCCCAGUUUUUGAAAGAUCCCCCACCUAAUGCUUUCAAGGGGGUUUUUAACAGUCUGUUGUACCUCUCCACUUUUCCUGCAGCUGGCGCAUGGUAGGGGAUAUGGUACACCCACUCAAUGCCAUGUUCCCUAGCCCAGGUGUUGAUAAGGCUGUUCUUGAAAUGGGCCCCGUUGUCUGACUCAGUUCUCUCAGGGGUGCCAUGUCUCCACAGGACCUGCUUUUCAAGGCCCAGGAUGGCGUUACGGGCGGUGGCGUGGGGCACAGGGUAGGUUUCCAACCAUCCAGUGGUGGCUUCCACCAUGAUCAGCACGUAGCACUUGCCUUGGCAUGUCUGGGGCAGUGUGAUGGAGUCAAUCUGCCAGGCCUCCCCAUACUUGGAUCACUGCCCACCAUACCAGAGGGGUUUCACCCGCUGGGCCUGCUUGAUGGCAGCACACGUCUCACAGUCAUGGAUAACCUGAGAAAUACUGUCCAUGGUUAAAUCCACCCCUCAGUCUCAUGCCCACUUAUAGGUGGCAUCUCUACCUUGAUGGCCUGAGGUAUCAUGGGCCCAUCGAGCUACGAAUAACUCUCCCUGUGUUCCCAAUCUAGGUCCAUCUUGGACACCUCUAUUUUUGCAGCCUGAUCUACCUGCUUGUUGUUUUGGUGCUCCUCAUUAGCUCUACUCUUGGGGACAUGGGCAUCUACAUGGCAGACCUUCGCAGGUAACCUCCCUACCCUGGUAGCAAUGUCUUUCCACUCAUCAGCAGCCCAAAUUGGUUUUCCUCUAGGCUGCCAGUUGGACUCUUUCCACCUGUCCAGCCAUCCCCACAGAGCAUUGGCUGCCAUCCAUGAAUCAGUGUAGAGCUAGAGCUUUGGCCAUUUCUCUCUUCCUGCAAUGUCCAGAGCCAGUUGAACAGCUUUGAGCUCUGCAAGUUGACUUGAUCGACCUUCUCCUUCAGUGGCCUCUGUGACCUGCCAUGUGGGGCUCCAUACAGCUGCUUUCCACUUUGGAUUCAUUCCUAUAAUACGACGAACUGUAGGUGACAAGAGCUUAUUGCAUUUCCUCUAGUGGCAGUUGGUUAUAUGGAGGAGCCUCUUCAGCCUGUGUCACUGGUUCUUGUUCUUCAUCUGUGACACCAAAAUUUUCACCUUCUAGCCAGUUUGUAAUUUCCUCCAAAAUCCAAGGGUGAUUCAGUUUACCUAUACGGGCGCGCUGUUUGAUAAGAGCGAUCCACUUGCUCCAUGUAGCACUAGUGGCAUGGUGAGUAGAAGGAGCCUUGCCUUUGAACAUCCACCCCAGUACUGGUAUUCGGGGUGCCAAGAAGAGUUGCACUUCUGUACCAAUCACCUCUGGGGAAGCUUGGGCUCCUUCAUAGGCAGCCAAGAUUUCUUUCUCUGUUGGAGCGUAGUUGGCUUCAGAGCCUCUGUAGCUUCGACUCCAAAAUCCCAGUGGUCGACCCCGAAUCUCCUCAGGCACCUUCUGCCAAAGGCUCCAGGACAAGCCAUGGUUCCUGGCUGCAGAGUAGAGCAUGUUCUUCACAUCUGGUCCCGUCCUGACCGGACCAAGGGCUACUACAUGAGCGAUCUCCUGCUUGAUCUGGACAAAAGCUUGUUGCUGCUCAGGGCCCCAGUGGAACUAGUUCUUCUUGCAGGUGACCAGGUAAAGAGGGCUCAAAAUCUGACUGUAUUCGGGAAUGUGCAUCCUCCAAAAGCCUAUGGCACCAGGAAAGCUUGCGUUUCCUUCUUGCUAGUUGGUGGAGACAUCGCAGUGAUUUUGUUCAUUACCUCUGUCAGGAUCUGACAAUUUCCAUCUUGCCACUUGACUCUUAGAAACUGAAUUUCUUGAGCUGGUCCCUUAACCUUUCUUCACUUAAUGGCAAAACCAGCUUUCAGCAGAAUCUGGAUAGUCUCUCCUUUUUCAAAGAUUCCCCUGCUGUGCUCCUUCAUACAAUGAUGUCAUCAAUAUACUGUGGAUGUUUGAGGGGCUUGCCUUUUUCCAGUGCACUCUGGAUCAGUCCAUGGCAGCUGGUGGGGUUGUGCUUCCAUUCCCAGGGCAGUGAGUUCCAGGUGUACUGCACUUCCCUCCAGGUGAAGGCUAACUGAGGCCUGCAUUCUGCUGCCAAAGGCAUGAAGAAGAAGGCGUUGGCAAUAUUGAUGGUCAUGUACCACUUUGUUGUCUUGGACUCCAGCUCGUACUGAAGCUCCAACAUGUCUGGCACGGCAGCGCUCCGUGGUGGUGUGACCUCAUUCAGGCCACAGUAAUCUACCAUCAGUCUCCAUUCUCCACUGGACUUACGUGUCACAGACAUUUUUUCAUAGAA